CAGGAGAAAAAAAAAAUCCACAUCACUCCCUCACACUCUCACUCGUAGCGAAGCAGGAAGCUAGAGGCUAGAGCUAAGGCAGACAAGACAGAUGGCGCAGCGCGCGUCUCGCCGUCCCGCCGCGGCGGCGGCAGCAGUCGUCGUGGCCGUCGUGCUCGCCGUGAGCGGAGGCGUCGGCGCGACGCCGGAGACGGCGUGCAGGGCGGCGGCGGAGGAGGACAGGCGCGUGGACUACGAGUUCUGCGUGUCGCGGCUGAGCCACCACCACGACAGCCCCGACGCGGACACGUGGGGGCUGGCCAAGGUGGCGGCCGACGUCGGCGUCUGCAUCGCCGGCGACGCGGCGUACGACGCCAAGGCGAAGCUGCAGGCCGCCAAGGCGGGCGGCGAGCGGGAGGCGCUGGAGCGGUGCGCGGAGCUGUACGACCGGAUGGGGUCGGCGUUCGCGGCGGCUUACGACGACAUCAACCGGCGCGAGUACGCGGCGGGGAAGGAGAAGGCCGGGGAGGCGGCGUCGCUCGCGCGGCGGUGCGACGGCGCCUUCGCCGACGCCGGCGUCGCCCCGUCGCCGCUCGAGCGGCAGACCGCGGAGUCCGUCAAGAUCGCCAUCGUCUGCACGGCCAUCACCAACCUCGUCAAGUAGACGAAACAAGUGUUGUUUCCUUCGCUUAAUGCAGGUUAAUCUUAGAGGAAUAAACGAGCGCCAUUGUUGAUUUCUCGUCUGCUCGAUCGUUCGAUUGCUACGCAUGUACUAGUAGUAGCUAGGUUAAUCUAGAGGAAUAAACGAGCGACAUUGUUGAUUUCUUUGCUUAAUGCAGCGCUCGAUCGAUGUAUCAUCUUUCCAUAAUGUCAGUGUUAUUAAUUCCUA